UAGUGCAUUUUUGAUGAAUGUUAUUAUUUUUUUUCUACACAACACAAAAAAUACGUCGUAAAAUAAAUAAGAUUCCUUUCGAAUAGCAAAAUUUCGUUUCAAUUAUAAUAGUUUUUUUUUCAAUUUAGGCCGAGUUUAAGUUCAAUAUGUCAUAUUCGUAUGAGUUUAAAUACGACAUGAACUCAUCCAAGAGCAUCAGUGACAUUACAAACGAUAUUUUAACUGAAGUAAAAGGAGAUCUAAAGCAUGUGACAUCUGCAUUCGAAUGGCUUCGAUUUGCCAUGGGCUUUUCUAUCGUAGUGGUUAUUUUGAAAGCAUUGAAGUACAGGCAUAAGUACCUGACAGUAAUCAAGUUUGACAACUUUUACAUAACGGAUAAGUUCAUAAAACUGGACAAGAGAAGAAAGAGAAAGGAAGAGAUUGCUGUGUUGCCUCUUAGGGCAAGAGAGAAUUCUUUUUAUGUAAGCCCAAACCGUAUAUGGAUGUCACGAAGAGAGUUAAAAAAGUUCACAAAAGGCAUGAGUCUUUUGACGUUUGGUUUCUUGUACACCCUUGCCGUUAUUUUUGUGGACUACAGUUUUUAUUGGUUACUACAAAAAAUCACCAAUUCGCUAACGCUGCGCGAGCAAGCUGGCUCUCUGCUGCACCAAGCGGUACAAAAAGGGGCCAAGGCUGCAGCUGACAAGUUAGGGGUUGGGGAAACUGGUCAAGAAAUGGCAGCAACGUUAAUUUCUCUUUCGAUAGUAGGGCCAGGGUUCGUCUCAGUCAUUUACAGGUCAAUUGCUUCAGCUUUGGACCGACUCGCCAGUUCAGAAGGAUACAAUUUCGCCAUGGACAAAUGCCUUCCAAUUGCAAAGCACCCGGACUACAUCGUUUAUGCCGUCAUAAUAUCUCUAUAUUUGCUCUGCUACGUAAUCUGUAUCGUUGAAUCGUACGUCCUAAGGUCUAGACGUCGUAUAAUGGCGACUUUUCACCCAAAAAGAGAAAGAGCCCGGAUUCUUUUCCUCCGAGCGAAGAUCCUGCGAGGAAGAGGAGUAGGCCCGGAUGCAAGAAUGAAGAACUCGCUUAAAAAAGCUUGUUUAGAAGCACAGAAGAACGCGGAGAAAGAGAAAGUCGGCUUAGCUGAUCGGUUGGCCAGCUAUUCAGGUGUUAUAGGCUGGCUUGCAAGGUUGGCGAGCGGUCGUACAAAGUACAGAUGUCAUGUGUGUAAGGUGGCUGGUGGUGCAAAACAUGCAAAAUUUUUCACUUCUUGCGAGAGGUUUGGGUGUAAAGGAAGAUAUUGCAUUGAGUGUUUCGAGGACAUGCAUAGACUUUGCUUAUUAUGUUUGAUGAAACAUGGGAAAAAAGUUGGCAGAGAAAGGCAAAGAAGUAAAACUAGUCUGACGUCAGUGAAAUCAGCCGAACGUAACGAAUACCCGGAGGAAGUGGAACAACUAAUUGAUUCGAGCGGAAUAUCUGACUCGUCAGCGCCAUCUACCGACGACGAUGAUGACGAAAAUUCCACGUACGCCGAAACAAAAGAGAAAAUUUCGAAACACGUUCAUUUUGAAGCGAAGCCGCCGCGUGAGAGUAUUAUCCCGGUAGGUAGCGCAACUGAGUCAACCAGCGAUUCUGAAGACUCCACCCACGCAACUACGUCAUUAAUGACGUCACGAAAAACGAAAGUUACAUCACAAAAAACGAGAAAUCGGAAAACAAGGCACAAAAAUCAAACUAGCGCUGGCGGGGGUAGAAAGAAAUUUAAUUUUGUUGUUAAUUCUGAUACGUCAAGCGACGACGUAUGAAAUAAACAUUAAAAAAUCAAUAAAUUUAUAGCAAACU